CUCCGCACGAAGACUCGGGAAUCAUCCGAUCGCGCUCUCUUCGACCUCCGCCAUCUCGACCGAGACUCGAAUUCCAUGCCAAUCCCUUCUCUGUGAUUGGCGAUUAUCAUUUCUUGUCUUCUCCGCUUUAACAGGGUCUCGGGAGAAAGCCAGUCCCCAAGACCAACAACAGAUUCUUCGCGACACCAAGCCGCACUAUGGGCAUCAAUACCACGCCCUUGAUAUUUGCAGUGAUAUCCUAAACGGGGGUCUGUUGCACUGUCUUAUGAGGCUCAAAGAUUUCGCAAGAUGAUUUCACCUCACUCACGCAUGCCGAGCGCGGAGUUAUUCCCGUUGUGGACCAAGCGCAUUCUCCGCAUUUUCGCAACGAAGUGCGGAGAGCGGGUCAGGUUGCGAAGGGCUUCAGUGCUACCUCGGACGCACUUAGCCCGACACUCUCUCGUAUAACUUCACAUCGCUACCCCAUCUUUCUGGCGGUGUGCCCGGCUCUCUACCUGCGACUUUUUGAAAUCCGUGUCUUCCAUUUGCAAUUUUCACUGGCAGCCGAGCAAACUAGUGCGAUCCGAAAAAGGAUGGCUCAAGACAAACUCUUGUCGACUUACGAGAUAUCGAAUCACAAAGGUCCUGAUGAUUGCUGGAUCGUUGUCGAUAAUCAAGUGUGGGACGUUACAGACUUUGUUGGAAAACACCCUGGGGGCUCCUCAGUUAUCCUCAAAUACGCCGGCCGCGAUGCCACCAAAGCCUACUCUGAAGUACACGCGCCUGGGCUUCUGAAGGCAGAGCUGGCUCCGGAGCAGUACAAAGGUAAACUCGAUGAGUCGACAAUACACGAGGAAUGGCACAAGCAACCGGCUAGUGAGAAUCCUGAAGCAGUCUGGGAAAAUGACAAACCUCCACUCGAAACCUUGAUAAACUCGCAUGACUUUGAGCAUGUUGCUUCGAGAACCGCCAGUAAAAAGACGUGGGCAUUUUACUCCAGUGCUGCGACAGACCUAAUUACACGGGACGCGAACAAGUCUUGUUUUGACCGCAUAUGGUUUCGACCUCGUGUGCUGAGAAAUGUUCGCUCGGUGGAUACAAAGUCUAAAAUCCUCGGAGUCGACGUCUCGCUCCCAUUAUUCGUCAGCCCUGCGGCCAUGGCCAAGUUGAUUCAUCCAGAAGGUGAGCGGGCCAUUGCGCGAGCAUGCGAAAGCAGAGGAAUCAUGCAAGGAGUCUCAAAUAACUCCUCCUACACGAUAGAAGAUCUCAAGAAUACUGCUCCUGGGGCAAGCUUCUUCUUCCAGUUAUACGUCAACCGGGAGCGCGAAAAGUCAGCAGCGCUGCUGCGCCAAUGCUCGGCGAACCCCAAUAUCAAGGCAAUUUUCGUGACUGUCGAUGCAGCGUGGCCAGGGAAGCGAGAGGCAGACGAGCGGGUCAAGGCUGAUGAGAGUCUAUCUGUCCCUAUGUCGCCAUCCCAGGCGAAGAAUGACAGCAAAGGAGGCGGGCUUGGGCGGGUAAUGGCGGGAUUCAUUGAUCCCGGACUGACAUGGGAAGACCUUGUGUGGGUUCGCAAGCAUACUCAUCUUCCUGUAUGCUUGAAGGGUGUGAUGUCUGCAGAUGAUGCCGUCCUCGCAAUGGAAGCUGGAUUGGAUGGGAUUCUGUUGAGCAAUCACGGAGGGCGCAAUCUCGAUACAAGUCCCCCGUCCAUCGUUACACUCCUCGAGCUCCAUAAGCGCUGUCCGGAGAUAUUCGACCGAAUGGAAAUCUAUGUGGAUAGCGGCAUCCGUCGAGGAACAGACAUUCUGAAAGCUGUCUGCCUCGGCGCAACCGCUGUGGGUAUGGGACGCAGCAUGCUGUUUGCGACCAACUACGGUCAAGAAGGAGUCGAGCAUUUGAUAGACAUUAUGCAAGAUGAGCUAGAGACGGCCAUGCGAAAUAACGGAAUAACGUCACUUGAGGAAGCCGGUCCUCAUCUCGUCAACACCGGUGAUAUUGAUCAUCUCGUCCCGGGAAGUCCUUUGCAUCCGUACGCUCGGAAAAUAGCCAAAGGUCGGGGCGUAAAGAUGUCCAAGCUCUAGGGACGACUGGCCAAUGACCAUGACGCUGUGCAGGGAUUAGCAUGCGAGGCAUGGCCUAUCGCAGACCCAAGCGACAGGUCAUAUACGAUGAAGAUAGACACUGUGUUGCAUCAUUGAUGAUUAAUCCUUCUUACUAUUAUGAUGCUGCCUAGUGAUAACGUUGAUACAGCUCAGCCACGAUAGGGUUGGCAAUUUAGAUACCAUGCCAUGAAGUGUGCAGUUUGCAGUUUGCAGCGACAUCAGCACGCUAAGAGCGUUAUACAAAAUAGGAAGAACACAGCACAUGGCACAUGGCACAUACGUCGAUGUACUGGCCGGAGCCGGUCUUGGGCGGCCAGCCGUAAGAUCCAAGGGAAUCUGUAAUCAAAAGAUAAGAAAUCCGACCGGAGGUCAGGACUCAAGCCAGCAUCGGAACUCGCGAACAUGAAUCAAAGAGCUCAACAACAGAAAACCCAUGAAUCCCACCGGAAACUCAGGGAAACUCCGAUCGAGUUGCUUCGUUUCGAUUCGUUGAGGGGCGGUGAAACAGGCCACGUGAGCC